AUGGUAUUAUACCUCUUGCUACUAGUGAUGUUUCCUUGUAAAAUAUUUGAGCCUUAUAUUGUAGGAUACAGAAUCCAACAACCACACAACCCAAGCCACAAGUAUCAUCAGGAAGAAGACUACAUAAUUGGUGUCAUUGUAUCUCAGAAUUUUAUUUUAUUUAAUAAUGAAAUAGAGUUCAUAGAAUAUCCUCUGCCAGCAUCAGUUGAUGAUUUCAAUUUAUUGCUUAAGAAUUAUCAGCAUAUCCUGGCCCUGACAUUUGCAGUAAAGGAAAUCAAUGAAACCCCUCUGAUCUUGACUAACCUCACCCUGGGUUUCCGCAUUUAUGACAGUUAUUUCAAUGCACAGUGGACUUAUCAUGCCACAUUGCUUCUUAUAUCUUCUUUUGAGAAAUUUGUCCCCAACUAUUCAUGUGAUGCUCAGAAUAAUGUUAUAGCAGUCAUUGGUGGUCUUGAUGCCCAAACUUCCCUUCACAUUGCAACUCUUGUAAAUACCUACAAAUUCCACAGAUGGACAUGGGUUGGGAUCAUUAUGAUGGAUAAUGACAAUGGAGAAAGAUUUCUACAAACCAUUGUUCAAUUGUUUUCACAGAGUGGUGUUUGUUUUGCCCUCAUUGAAAGAAUCCCUACACUAAGAUAUGCUAUUGCAUUUUAUAAAAUGAUAAAAGAGGGAGAAAAAAUACGUCAUAAACUAACACAGACAAAGGCAAACGUCAUUGUGACCUAUGGAGAAUCUUAUUCUAUGGCAUAUUUUAGAUGGAUUGCAAUUUUAUUGGCGGAUCAUACACUACAAGGUAAAGUGUGGAUAAGAACAGCUCAGGUGGAACAAACUGCAUUCAUCUACCAAAAGGACUGGAAUGAAGAAUUGCUCGAUGGUUCCCUAGCUUUCACAAUUCAUAUCAGUUACAUACCAGGAUUUUCCCAAUUUCUUGAGAGACAAAAUCCUUUUCAUGUACCUGAAGAUGAUUUUAUAAAGACCUUCUGGGAAGUUGCCUUCAAUUGUAGGCUCCCAGAUGCAGCUGGAAGCAAUAACAUGAGGAAUACUUGUUCAGGGAAGGAGAAGCUGGAGAGCCUUCCUGACUCAUUCUUUGAAAUGAGCAUGACUGGCCAUAGCUAUAGCAUCUACAAUACCAUCUAUGCAGUAGCUUAUGCUCUGCAAGACUGUCAUUAUUCAGAUUCAAAGACAAAGCAACCGUGGUCAGAGGAGACAGAAAAGGACAGCAUAGACAAUUUUGGCAGUAUGGUGCCGAAGAAUUACCAGCAAGUUACAGCCUUGACAUUUGCAGUAAAGGAAAUUAAUGAAAACCAUCAGAUUUUAUCCAAUUUUACUUUGGGCUUCCACAUUGAAGACAGUUAUUUCAAUGCAAAGUGGAGUUAUCAUGCUGUGAUACAACUCCUAUCUUCAUUGGAGAAUUUUGUCCCCAAUUUUAAAUGUGGCACCCAGAAUAAUCUAAUGGCAGUCAUUGGAGGGCUGGAUCCAGAUGUUUCCCUUUAUGUAGCAACUGUUUUGGAUAUCUACAAAAUUCCACAGCUCAUAUACGGCUCACCACUAGUGAUGAAUGAUAAAACCCCAGGUCUGCCUUUCUAUGCGAUGGUGCCUGAAGACUCCAUCCAAUAUGCAGGAAUUCUCUCUUUGCUUCUGCAUUUCAGAUGGUUAUGGAUAGGCAUCAUUAUUAUGGAUAAUGAUGUUGGAGAAAGAUUUAUACAAAGAAUUGUUCCUCUGUUUUCUCAGAAUGGCAUUUGUAUUUCCUUUAUAGAAAAGAAUUCUAAACCCUCUUUUGAUAUCGAUGAAGUAGGAUAUAUAACCCAAGGGGCAAGAAUGCAUGAUAAAAUAAUGCUCAGUGAAGUCAAUGUAUUAUUGGUCAAUGGAGAUUCUUAUUCUAUGGGUAUUUUUAGAUGGUUUCCAUACCUAUCUGAACAAGAACAUGUUACUGAGAAUCCAAAAGGUAAGGUGUGGAUACUAACAGCACAAGUGGAACUCACUUCAUUUGUUUUUCAAAAGGAUUGGGAUGCAGAAUUUUCCAAUGGAGCUUUGUUUUUUGUAGUAGACUCCAAUGAUCUACCAGAUUUUGAGCUGUUUCUUAAAAAUCAAAACCCAACAAGCCACAACACAGAUGGCUUUAUAGUGGACUUCUGGCAACAGGCCUUUGAUUGUGUGUUUCAAAAACAACAUCUAGAUCAAGUGAAAGGAAAAAUUUGCACAGGGAAAGAGGACCUGAAGAGUCUUCCUGCAACUUUCUUUGAAAUGCAAAUGACUGGUCACAGCUACAAUGUCUACAAUGCUGUUUAUGUAGUGGCCCAUGCUUUAAAUCACAUGUUUUCAAUUGCAGGAUUCACAUAUAAUGGAAAAAGAACUGCUAAUGAAGUAAAAGUUAAAGUUCAUGACUUGUGGAAGCUUCAUCAGUUUCUAAGGUCUAUUUCCUUCAACAAUAGUGCAGGGGAAACCAUCACUUUUAACCAGGAUGGUGAGUUGGUAGCUGGGUUUGAUGUGAUCAACUGGAUUGUUUCUUCCAACCAGUCCUUUCAGCGUGUGAAAGUUGGAAGGGUGGACCCCCAGGCCCCUCCAGACAAAGUGUUCACCAUCAAUGAGGAUGCUAUCACAUGGCAUAGUUGGUUUAAUCAGGCAGUACCUGUCUCUCUGUGCAGUCAGAGUUGCAUUCCAGGUUCCAGGAAGAAAAUGAGGGAGGGGCAGCAAUUUUGUUGCUAUGAUUGCCUUCCAUGUCCUCAAGGGAAGAUUUCAAGCAAGAUGGAUAUGAAUGACUGCAAUAAAUGUGCAAAUGAAAACUAUCCAAGCAAGACCCAGGAUUUCUGCAUACCGAAAACUGUAACCUUCCUUUCUUAUAAAGAACCUUUGGGACUUUGUUUAGAGUUCUUUGCUGUUUCCUUUGCUCUGAUUACAGUCUCUGUGUUUGGAAUAUUUCUGAAGCACCAUCACACUCCCAUUGUCAUAGCCAACAACCGGGACCUCACUUAUGUUCUCCUAAUCUCACUCCUGCUCUGCUUUCUAUCAGCCUUGCUUUUUAUUGACCAACCUGGCAAAGUCUUGUGUCUCCUUCGCCAAAUCACUUUUAGUAUAAUCUUCUCAGUGGCUGUUUCUUGUGUGCUGGCAAAAACCAUCAUAGUUGUUCUGGCUUUUUUUGCCACCAAGCCAGGAUCUAUAUUGAGAAAAUGGGUAGGGAAAAAACUUGCCAAUUCCAUUGUUCUUUCCUGUUCUCUUAUUCAAUUAGUUAUAUGUAUUAUAUGGCUGUCAACCUCUCCUCCUUUCCCAGAUAUUGAUAUGCACUCAAUUGAGGAUCAAAUUGUUCUGGAAUGUAAUCAAGGUUCUAAGACUAUGUUUUAUUUUGUGCUGAGCUAUCUGGGCUUUUUGGCCAUAGUGAGUUUCAUAGUGGCCUUUUUUGCCAGGAAGUUACCAGAUACUUUUAAUGAAGCCAAGUUUAUCACAUUCAGUAUGUUGGUUUUCUGCAGUGUUUGGUUAUCCUUUGUUCCAACCUACCUGAGCACUAAAGGAAAAUAUAUGGUAGCUGUAGAAAUCUUCUCUAUCUUAGCCUCCAGUGCUGGACUACUAGGAUGCAUUUUUCUCCCCAAGUGUUUCAUUAUUUUGUGGAGGCCUGAGCUGAAUAAUAAGAAACAGCUGAUGUACCAAAAGAAAUGA